UUCCCUAUUUUCUUGUUUCAAACAUUAUUAAACCUCUGAUCGUGAUUGUGAAAAAAUAUGUUGGUUAAAUGCUUGCUAAGUGGAGAUGUUCUCUUAUCUAUGUAUAGUUUUCUUGGUUAGGAUCUCUCCUGUACAUAGUUCUGUUAAUAGUGCUGACUGCAAUUAACAUCUAAUGCCAGACAACGAGUGGUGCGAUGUGUGGAGUGAUGAUGGAGAUUUGUGUCAUGAUUCUACUGAUACAUUGGAUAAAACAUCUGAAAUGGACAGGGAAUGGCAGAGGUGGCAUGACCAAUUCCACACUGUCGGAUACCGUGAUGGUCUUAUGGCAGGGAAAGAAGCUUCAGUUCAAGAGGGGUUUAAUGUUGGUUUUACUGACUCUGUAUAUGUUGGUUACAACUGGGGUCUUGUCAGAGGUAUCACGAGCGCUUUGGCCUCUCUUCCCGGUGGCUUAAAAGAAAGAAUGGUUAAUACAAAGGAAAUCCAGAAUAAGUUCCAGCACUUACAUGAGUCCGUGCAAUCUCAUUCAACCGUGGAAAUGCUUAAGGUGUUCCAUGAUAAUCUGACAAAGAAAUCGGAAGAGAGUGCUAAAAAUGACAACUUUAACUAA